GUACCGACUUCAGUCACAUGUCUGCAGAACCCGAGUCUGUAGCAGACGGAACUAGCCAGCCAGCUAGCCUUUUUUUAAUUUUACAUUUUAGCAAACAGAGUAAUUUGCACGAAUAUUAUUUAUCUAGUCAUUUCUGAUUUUCUUGUCAAAAUGUAAGUUUAUCAAGUGAUCGGGUCAAGACUAGUAAUGGGAUGAUGGAUAUGGAAUUUAGUUGGCAGGCUAGCUAGCUUCGUUAGCAUUUGUGUCUGUUUGUUAACGCUAAUUCAGCUAGCUGGAUAGACGAAUUUCUUCGUGAUUAAUUUUUGGAUUUAACUUGCUUGGAUGUCAUGGCUUCAACGAAGUGACAGGAAUUAUCUUCAAGUCACCAAUACGGAUUAAAUAAACGGUUUGAUCGGCUGGGUGGUGGAGAGAGGAGACAUGAUAUUGUAGUUGUGCCUUGUAACGUUGAUCAACGUGACAGUGUUUUUUUUAUUGUCAUACUGAUUGGAUAAGUAAACAUUAGCAUAUAGCUAGCAGGAAAGCUCCACAAUGCAUGACGCUUACGAACCGGUACCUAUCCUGGAGAAACUGCCUCUCCAGAUUGACUGUCUUGCGGCCUGGGAGGACUGGCUUCUAGUUGGGACCAAACCAGGCCAUCUGCUGCUCUACAGAAUCAAAAAGGAUGCAGGUACCAACAGGUUUGAGGUGACUCUGGAGAAGUCCAACAAGAACUUCUCCAAGAAGAUCCAGCAGCUCUUCAUUGUCUCACAGUACAAGAUCCUCAUCAGCCUACUAGAGAACAACAUCCAUGUCCACGACCUAUUGACCUUUCAGCAGAUUACUGUGGUCUCCAAGGCCAAAGGGGCAACGCUCUUCGCCUGUGACCUGCAGCUGUCCCCUUCAGGAGAGGCCCAGCUGAGGAUGUGUGUUGCAGUGAAGAAGAAGCUUCAGCUGUACUACUGGAAGGACAGGGAGUUCUACGAGCUACAGGGGGACUUUGCUGCUCCAGACAUCCCGAAGUCCAUGGCCUGGUGUCAGAACUCUAUCUGUGUAGGCUUCAAGAGAGACUACUACCUCAUCCGGAUGGAUGGGCGUGGCUCCAUCAAGGAGCUCUUCCCCACGGGGAAGCAGCUGGAGCCCCUGGUGGUACCCCUGGCUGAUGGGAAGGUGGCGGUGGGCCAGGAUGACCUCACGGUGGUGCUCAACGAGGAGGGGGUCUGCACUCAGAAGUGUGCCCUCAACUGGACCGACAUCCCCAUUGAUAUGGAACAUCAGCCCCCCUACAUCAUAGCUGUCCUGCCUCGCUAUGUGGAGAUCAGGACCUUUGAACCCAGACUGCUGGUCCAGAGUGUGGAGCUACAGAGACCACGAUUCAUCACCUCAGCUGGGCCCAAUAUAGUGUACGUUGCCAGCAACCAUUUUGUCUGGCGCCUGGUGCCUGUGUCCAUCGCCAGUCAGAUCAGACAGUUACUACAGGACAAGCAGUUUGAACUGGCCCUGCAACUGGCGAAUAUGAAGGAUGAUGUGGAAGGAGAUAAGAGACAGCAGAUUCACCACAUCCAGAAUCUCUAUGCCUUCAAUCUGUUCUGUCAGAAGAGGUUCGAUGACUCCAUGCAGGUGUUCGCUAAGCUCGGCACAGAUCCCACCCAUGUGAUUGGUCUGUAUCCUGACCUGCUCCCUGCUGACUACCGUAAACAGCUGCACUACCCCAACCCCCUGCCCAGUCUGUCUGGAGCAGAACUGGAGAAGGCUCACCUGGCGCUCAUAGACUACCUGACACAGAAACGCAGCCACCUGGUGAAGCAGCUGAACGACUCUGAGCCGUCCACCCCGUCUCCCCUCAUGGAAGGGACUCCCACCAUCAAGAGCAGGAAGAAACUCCUGCAGAUCAUCGACACCACGCUGCUCAAAUGCUACCUGCAUACCAACGUGGCCCUGGUGUCCCCUCUGUUGCGUCUGGAUAAUAACCACUGUCACAUUGAGGAGAGUGAGUACAUCCUGAAGAAGGCCCACAAGUACAGCGAGCUCAUCAUCCUCUAUGAGAAGAAGGGCCUGCAUCAGAAAGCCCUACAGGUGUUGUUGGACCAGUCCACCAAGGCUAACUCUCCCCUAAAGGGGCAUGAGAGGACUGUGCAGUACCUCCAGAGACUGGGGAUGGAGAAUCUAGGCAUCAUUUUUGAGUUCUCUCCCUGGGUGUUGAAGAUCUGUCCUGAAGACGGACUGAAGAUCUUCACUGAGGACCUGACGGAGGUAGAGACCCUGCCCAGAGACAAGGUCCUGAACUUCCUGAAGGAGGGCUUUAAGGAGCUGGCUAUCCCCUACCUGGAGCACAUCGUACACGUCUGGGAGGAGACGGAGCCAGAGUUCCAUAACGUCCUCAUUCAGCUGUACCUGGAGAGGGUCCAGGGGCUCAUGAAGCAGUACCUCAACUCCCUGCCCGAGGGGGUUCCUGCAGUGGCUGCUGGGAAGGAGGAGGGGGACCUGGGAGAGUUCAGGAGCAAGCUAGUGUGUUUCCUGGAGGUCUCUACCUGCUACGAACCAGGCCGACUUAUCUCUGACUUCCCCUUCGAUGGUCUUCUGGAGGAGCGGGCCCUGCUGCUGGGUCGGAUGGGGAAACACGAACAGGCCCUCUUCAUCUACGUACACGUCCUGAAGGACACACACAUGGCCAAGGAGUACUGUCACCGGCAUUAUGACAAAGACACAGACAGAAACAAAGAUGUGUACCUGUCUCUGCUGCGCAUGUAUUUGUCCCCUCCUGAUGUCCACUGCCUUGGACCAAUCAAAAUGGAGCUGUCGGAGCCACAGGCCAAUCUAAAGGCUGCUCUACACGUGCUGGAGCUGCACCACAGCAAGCUGAAUACCGCUAAGGCCAUCAACCUGCUGCCAGCGAACACUCAGAUCAGAGAGAUCCGUGUGUUCCUGGAGAGUGUUCUGGAGGAGAAGGCUCAGAGGAAACGCUUUGACCAGGUCCUCAAGAGUCUACUGCAGGCCGAGUUCCUACGGGUCCAGGAGGAACGCAUCUUCCACCAGCAGGUCAAGUGUACCAUCUCAGAAGAGAAGACCUGCCGGGUCUGUAAGAAGAAGAUAGGCAACAGCGCCUUCGCCAGGUAUCCCAACGGUGUUGUCGUUCAUUACUUCUGCUGUAAGGACCGAGGGGUGUGUCCUAUUGAGCAGUGACACCAAAAUAGUGUCCUCUUGUGGACUACAUGUUCCUUAGCGGUACCCUGGACGGAGGGAGUGCAGGGAGCUGGGUUUGUCUGAAACACUUCCACAGCAGCUUGGCUGUUCAGCUGGACUCAUCUCUGGAACUCUGGAACUCUGGAACUCUGGAACUCUGGAACUCUGGAUCUCUGGAACUCUGGAUCUCUGGAACUCUGGAUCUCUGGAACUCUGGAUCUCUGGAUCUCUGGAUCUCUGGAUCUCUGGAACUCUGGAUCUCUGGAUCUCUGGAUCUCUGGAUCUCUGGAUCUCUGGAACUCUGGAACUCUGGAACUCUGGAUCUCUGGAUCUCUGGAACUCUGGCUGCUUCUGUCUGGAAUUGUGGAAUGCUUUUCCUCUCCCUCCCGAUCUCGCUGUCUCUCUCUGACUCUCGCUGUCUCUCUCUGACUCUCGCUGUCUCUCUCUGACUCUCGCUGUCUCUCUCUGACUCUCGCUGUCUCUCUCUGACUCUCGUUGUCUCUCUGACUCUCGCUGUCUCUCUCUCUGACUCUCGCUGUCUCUCUCUGACUCUGACUCUCGCUGACUCUGACUCUCGCUGACUCUCGCUGUCUCUUUCUCUGUCUCUCUUUUGCUCUCUCUGACUCGCUGUCUCUCUCUGUCUGUCUCUCGCUCUCUCUGACUCUCGCUGUCUCUCGCUCUCUCUGACUCUCGCUGUCUCUCUCUGUCUGUCUCUCUCUCGCUCUGACUCUCUCUGACUCUCUCUCGCUCUGACUCUCUGUCUCUCUCGCUGUCUCUCUCUGACUCUUGCUGACUCUCUGUCUAUCUAAUAUUCGGAUAAUCUUUAUUAGCAUGAAUGACUAAGCCACUGUUGCUAAAGCGAAGUGAGAUAAUGUAAUCAACAAUAACAGUAAAAAAAAGUAUGAAUAUUGAUGGUGAUUAGAUAAAGGAGACUAAUAUAUAUAUUAUACACAAUCGUUCAGAAGUUUGGGGUCACUUAGAAAUAUCCUGGUUUUUGAAAGAAAAGCUCAUUUUUUGUCCAUUAAAAUAACAUCAAAUUAAUCAGAAAUACAGUGUAGACAUUGUUAAUGUUGUAAAUGACUAUUGUAGCUGGAAACGGCUAAUUUGUUAUGGAAUAUCUACAUAGGCGUACAGAGGCCCAUUAUCAGCAACCAUCACUCCUGUGUUCCAAUGGCACGUUGUGUUGAUAAUCCAAGGUUAUAAUUUUAAAAGACAAACUCCCUUCACAGAACAGUGUAAACUGGCUCUAUCCAAUGGGCCUCUUUACGUCAAUGAAUAUAUUCCAUUAAAAAUCAGCCUCGUUUCCUCCUCUACUCACAGCUCAUCCUCAGACACGCUAUAGGCUAUACAUAGAGGAGAAGAGUUAAGGUGCUGCUGUGUGUGUGUGUGUGUGUGUGUGUGUGUGUGUGUGUGUGUGUGUGUGUGUGUGUGUGUGUAUAUAUCUACUUAAAAGCAGCCCUUUGCUUUUCAUGUUGUUUUCAGUGACCCGUUUGUUUCUAAGGAAAUGGUUGAAAACCACUCCAGAUUAUAAUGUAACGACUAAACUUCUAAUAUGGUUCAAUGUGGACAAACAAGUUCUUUUUAUUGUUCUUUUUUUAAUAUCUCAGCUGCCUCAAUAUAAAUAUAAUAUCAUAUAUAUAUAUAUAUAUAUAUAUAAUAUUAUGUCUUGACAUAGACGCCAUUUAUUUGAAGUACAUCCACAGUUUCAGAAUCCAUUUUGUUUUGAUUGAUUGAUAAUCCUCCCAUUUUGUGAAAAAACCUGAAAGAAGAUCAGAUCGGCGACCAUUUUCUUCCUAAUCACAGAAGUAUGACGGUUUAAAAGGUUUGAUUUAAGUUAGGUCUUUAUUCUUAAAUCGUGUUGUCGUCUGACUAGGACUGAGGGCUGUACUGUAUGUCAGAGUGGAAGGUUUCUUUGCUUCCCAAUUGGCACACUAUUCCCUACAUAGUGCACUACUUUAGACCACAGCCCUAUUCCCUAUAUAGUGCACUACUUUAGACCACAGCCCUAUUCCCUAUAUAGUGCACUACUUUAGACUACAGCCCUAUUCCCUAUAUAGUGCACUACUUUAGACCACAGCCCUAUUCCCUAUAUAGUGCACUACUAUAGACCAGAGCCCUAUUCCCUAUAUAGCCCACUACUUUAGACCACAGCCCUAUGGCACCCUAUUCUCUAUAUAGUGCACUACUUUAGACCAGAACCCUAUGGCACCCUAUUCCCUAUAUAGUGCACUACUUUAGACCAGGGAAUAAUGCCAUUUGGGAUGCACACACAUAACCAACUGUCCACCUGUUUGAUAUUGGGUCGUUCCACCAAUUGGGUGCCUUUUGAGAAGUGUAAAAAUAAAAAACAGGGUUGCUGAUUUCAUCUUA